CUCUCCCAUGAUGAUGAUACAACAACGCACGCCCAUUUCAACAACUCUCAAAUAUGCACAUUACCCUUCACAUCACACACACAUCUUGCAUUGAUUGAACCCCCAAAAACAAAAAAAAAAAACAAAUAGAGCAAACAAGACUAGAACAAAAGGGAGAGAAAAUAAAUUACAGAGACUGCAUAACAAAACCAUGCCAAGCAAGCUAAAAAAGGCCAUUGGAGCAGUGAAAGAUCAAACAAGCAUUAGCCUAGCUAAAGUUUCCAGCAACAAUUCAUCGAAUAUCGAGGUUUCAGUUCUCAAGGCCACCACCCACGAUAGCGUCCCCGUGGAAGAGCGCUAUGUGCAUGAAAUCCUCCAACUUGUCUCCUCCGAUAAAGCCCAAGCGGCCGCUUGCGCUCGAGCGAUUGGCAAGAGGAUUGGCCGGACCCGCAAUUGGAUCGUUGCCAUAAAAUCAUUAAUGCUUGUUCUUAGAAUAUUCCAAGACGGCGACCCUUACUUCCCUAGGGAGGUUCUUCACGCGAUGAAGCGAGGUGCCAAGAUUCUCAACCUGUCGAGCUUUAGGGAUGACUCGAAUUCAAGCCCGUGGGACUACACGGCUUUUAUUCGUACCUUUGCGCUCUAUCUAGACGAGCGUUUGGAUUGUUUUCUCACGGGGAAGCUUCAACGUAGAUAUACUCACCAUGAGAAGGAACCGUUCCAUCGUAGAAGCCGGAGAGCGAAUGAGCCGGUGCGUAACAUGAAACCAGCAAUGUUGCUCGAUAAGAUCUCAUAUUGGCAGCGAUUGCUGGAUAGAGCGGUGGCAACAAGGCCAACCGGUGCUGCAAAGACGAACCGGCUGGUGCAAAUAUCUUUAUAUGCCGUUGUGCAAGAGAGUUUUGAUCUAUACAAAGACAUUUCGGAUGGUCUCGCGCUCCUCCUCGAUAGUUUCUUUCAUUUGCAAUACAAUUCUUGUGUUAAUGCUUUUCAAGCUUGUGUUAAGGCUACAAAGCAAUUUGAAGAGCUCAGUGGGUUCUAUGAUCUCUGCAAAAACAUUGGUGUUGGGAGGACCUCUGAAUACCCAAGUGUGCAAAAGAUACAAGAGCUAAUUGAAACAUUACAAGAAUUCUUGAAAGAUCAAUCAUCUUUUCCAACGACGGGUCGGUCUCCAAACCGCCCGCAAUUGCUUCUCCCCGCGCCACCAUGCGAUGGUUCAACCACCGGUCGGCGUCACGACAGUUGCAUGACUGAAUUCACCGAUACAUCAGAGAUGACUUCUGAAUUCGGUUCACAAUGUACGUCCUUGGAAGAUUUAAUAAGUGCCACGGAGUUGACCGGGAAAAGCCCAUCAAUUUCAAUAGAUCUCGAGGCUUAUUCCAUUGCGGAUCAAUUCGAGAAACAAUUGCAACGAGAUGAUGCGUUUAGUGCAAAUGACGAUGCAGGUUCAACUCAAUCAUUGCCCGUCAUGAGUUCUACGGUAGAUCUUGUAUCCCUAGAGGAAUGGCCACAGAAAGAACAAGAAAUAGAAAAGGUACAAGAAGAAGAAGAACAACAAAAGCCAUUAGAGCCAAGUUCAACCACUGGUUGGGAACUUGUCCUAGCUGAGGUUGCAACAACAUCAUCACAACCAUCUACCAAUGGCUUUGACACCUUUUUGAGUCAAGAACAAGAACUGACACAGAUUGCAACAACAUUAACAAAACCAUUUACUGAUCGCUUCGACCCCUUUUUGAGUAAAAAACAAGAACAUAAGCAGGCUACAACAUCACCACAGCCAUUUACCAAUGCCUUCAACUCCUUUUUGAGUCCAGAACAAGAACAGAAGCCAUCAGAGUCGGGUUCGAGAGAUGGUUGGGAACUAGUUCUAGCUGAGAUAGCAACACCAUCAAGCCAACCGCCUAUCCCCAUUACUGAGGCUUUCAGUGUUUCAUCAAAAGACAAUUUGUACCAUCAAAGUUCAGUACCACCAUCAACCCGACCACCUAUCCCCAUUACAGAGGCCUUCAAUGUUUCAUCGAUAGACAAUUUGUACCAUCAAAGUUCAAUACCACAUCAAAGUUCAGUACCACCACCAGACCACUAUUACAAUCCAUUUCUACAAGAUACAACUGAAUUAACUGCCAUUGCAACUGUCACCACCCCGACCCCAACCCCGACAACAACCGCGACCGAUUUUGAAGCAAGUUUUCCAGCCAACGAAGGCUUUUCAUGGGGGCCAACUUUUCAAGCAACCCCAACUUUCUGUGCUCAAAAUCCAUAUAGUCCAAGUAUGGUUUUGCAGAAUGAAAAUGACCCUUUUGCAUCAUACCCAAUUGGGGGUGAUGAACAAGGUUUUAGUGGGUCGACGAACCAACAGAACUUGCUGCAUGAACAACAGUUGUGGUUGCAACAACAGAACAAGAUCAUAGCAAGGCAUACUGCUUGAUCCAUGAUACAAAAAGGCAUGUAGGCACUGUAAAUUAUUUUGUGAUCAAAUUUAGCUUGUUUAUUAUUUUUUUAUUGGAUUUUCAUAAAUAUCAGUAAAUUGAAGCAAA